UUUCACCAGCGAACCCGGAAGUUAACUACCGGUAUCCAAACUGGAAAAGGAAAUACCAGCAUGGCGUCCGGUCAUUUGAGCAAAAUAAACAGACUUUUAAACUACUGUAAAUUUCGGCAUGUUCAAUCAUGUUCGGUUCCAUUUCGGGAAGCCUCAAAUAUCCGUGGCCCUUCAAUAGACGAGUGCAGUGACGUGGAGAUUGGUUUGACCUCAGAUGGAAGCACCGUGGUGUGUUACCAUCCAUCCGUGGACAUUCCAUAUGAGCUCACCCAGCCUCUCGAGAGGGUCAGCAACAUGCCCGAGAACCACAACCAGGUUCUGAAGGCGCACCUGAGUAAGGAGGUACUGAGGGACAAAAAAGGUCCCACCAUAGAGGAGCUGAGCAAGAUGUUUUACACCACCAAACACCGCUGGUAUCCAGUAGGACAGUACCACAUGAGACGCAUAAAGAAGGAUCCUCCAAAGGACAGAUAAUUAUGUAAUAAAUAUAAAUAACUAUCUUCUGCUCAUGUUUCUGUGUGUAAUAAACUGUCAGCUUUGUGCAUAUAUGUUAGUUUUUAUUUUUUGGGAGGCGAAAGCUGCAAUAAUCCACUAA